ACUCCCGGCGAUUCAGAUUCAAAAGCGGCAUUUUGAACAACGGACCGGCAAACGCCGCUAGUCAACGCAGAGCAGAUCACAAUUUCACCCAACUUCAAAAUAGUCUUCACUUCUGGAAACAGCGACCUCCAUCAUGGCACCCUCGAGAGCACCAAUAUCACAAGAAAGUAAUGUCAACAACGUAUACGCGCUCUCAUUACUUUCCGAGUACACUCACACCCUUGACUCCCUCCCACUCGACCUCUCUCGUAACUUUGCAGACCUCCGUGAACUCGACGCAGUUCUGUCGUCCUCUAUGACAUCUAUCACCGCAAAAAUACAAAACUUGACACAGAUGAUCGAAGAUGGCACAGUGGCAAAGCAGGACCGUCUUUUCCUACUCUCAGAUAUAGCAGAGGAAGCUGCCCGUUUGAAACUGGGCGGCGAAGACAAGAUUCGUGUGGCUUGUCAAGCCGCUGACAAUCUCAAAAGCCACACUUCACAUAUGAGAACACUCCUUACUCUCUUACCUUCAUUCGAUGUGUCCGCAUUGAACCGCAAGACAUCUUACCCCCAUGUUGCUGUCCGGUCAUACAUGCCCACCAUCGAUAACUCGCGUCGCAGAAGAGGCAAUUAUGGAUCGAUCAUGAAUACUGCAAAUCAUGAAGGCAGCCCUUCUAAACGAAAACGAGCAACGAGAGAAGAUGACGUAGAUGUCGGAGGCGGCAAGUCGCCGCGCAAGGAGAGGACUGGGGAUGGCACUGUCCAGCGAUCUCGAAAUGGUGUUCGUUCACGAAAGCAAGAACGUGCUGCCUCUCCCACAGAAUCCGUUCUUUCUGUCAUCUCGCACACUGUAGCACCAGUAUCUCAAACCUAUACAGGGAACUCAAGAGCUGGUGGUUCAUCGAGUCGCGCUACCAAUCCCUCCGGUAGGCGUUCCAAGCCAAAUCCUAACACAUAUGACGAGCCGCAUGUCAAUGGAUCUGUCAAUGGCCGACGUGACAUCUGCCCCGCACCACCUUCAUCAGUCUCUCACCCUUCGUUACCUAUACCUUACGGAUCAACUGGUUUACACUCUUAUGACAUGCCUGGUGCUCACACACUUGCCAAUGACUGGGGAGCCCCUCCUCUUGGGCAACUUGAAGGUCCAGGCAUGCCUGUAGCACGGAACACACACCCCGGUCUAUCGAUCAGUUCUGCUACCGUUCUAACCCAUAGUCUCCCGCUCGUAUCUCCCAGUGAAACUCAAGCUGGUAACGCCGCAGACACGGCUACCGAAGUUGGCGAGGGUGAUGGAGAGGGAGAUGAUAGGACUUAUUGCUUCUGCGAGGGCAUAAGCUACGGAGAAAUGAUCGCAUGUGACGACGUGAAUUGUGAAAGAGAAUGGUUUCAUCUUGCAUGCAUUGGCCUCACGGUGCCUCCAGACGGAACAUGGUUCUGCGAAGCUUGCAGGCAGAAGAAAAAUGCGAAACGUGGGUCGAGGGCAAACAAGAAGCGUUCGGGCGGCGGGGGCGGCGGCACGCGGUCAGCAGGCAAAGCUGCUAACAACGGAUAGCGAGUUUUGGUUUGUUCUUCCACCAGUGCCCACUUCACCUCUGGCUUGGUCAUUUAUGUUUGCUGUCUAUAAUUAGCUCCACCAUCUUACGCAAAUCACGGACUUAAACUUCGAGGCUAGAGGUGCCGGUGAUGUCUUUGUCAGGACGUCCCUUUUUGAAUGAACUUAGGUCAACGGUUGUGCAGUCGCGAUUAUUAAUCAUUGGGUAUUUCCGACUCCCGAGGGCGUGGCCCCUGACUCAGCUGCUGACAUUAACAAGACAAAGGAUUUCAUCAUUCCGGAUCUCGCUGUUCAGUUGACAGAGUACUGCACACGCGCACCAGUGACACUUUCAGGAUAUAAAUACGCCAC